AUGCGAGAAUUGGCGCGUUUGCUCCAGAGAGAACAGCCAAUGGAUGUGGACACUCCUAGUACGAGCAAUGUGGCUGACUUCAGAACGGCCAUGAGGCAGGUGCGAGAAGGAAGUCUUCCUCACCGUGCAGAGCUCACGCGUUUCGACCAAGCUGACGCUGAGCAAGUUGCCAUACAGAGAGAGGCCAACGACCGCAACGCCGAGGCAGAACAGCCAAGAUAG